UUAACUACAUUAGUAUAGAUCAAAUAUGGCUCCCAGACAAUCACAAACAGCUAAAAGGAAUAAAAGUCAAAAUAAGACUCGAUCCAUUGAAUCGGAAGUGUUUUCUGAUUCUGCUGCCAAAAACUUAUUGGCAAACCAACCUAAUUUAACUCCUAAGUCAAAGGUAAAGAAAUUGAGCAAACAAAAGGUAAAGAAGCAACAGGCCAAGUUAAGAUUAUAUGGCGCUAAGAGUGGUAAAGAAUAUAGAGAAGAUCAAUUAGACAUACCUACUUUGAAUAAGGCUAUUAUUCCUGGUGUUAAGGCCAAGAGGGGAAAGAAGGGUAAGAAGUUUGUUGAAGAUAACGAUAGUUUGACUUUGAACCUAUUGGUAAAGUCUAUUAACGAUAAGUAUGAUCAAGUAAAUGAAAGUAAGUUAGAAAAAUCAAGACGUUUGGAAGAAAUACGAGAGUUGAAGAGAAAGGAGUUGGAAAGAAAAGAGCAACAAAAGGUAGACAAGUUGGAAGGAAAGAAGAGCGAAUUAAGAAGUAAUGCAUCUCUUGCCCGUUCUAAUAGAAGAAAGAACGCCAAGGCAAGAAAGGCUGAAGAAGAGACUGAAAAAGCUGAUGAACCAGUCAAGGACAAGAAGAAAAAGAAGAGUGUGUCAUUUGCAUAGAUUAUAUAUACAAAGUAAAAUUUAUUUCUAUUUACAAACUAAAACCAUCUUAUUUGUCUUCUACGAAGUUCUUCUUUUCUCUUUAUAUUAUACCAAUAAGCGUAGGCGAGGCCUACUAAACUUCCACCAAUGUGAGCUGCGUAAUCGUAAACACCCCAUCGUAAGACAACACCAGCUACGUUCCAUGCAAACGUACCCAAAAACAACAUCCAUGCACCUCCAGGAAUUGGGAAGAAGAAAAGGGCAAUUGGAGCCUUAGGGAUAAGAUAUGAGAAUGCAGCAAACACACUGAAAACUGCCCCAGAUGCACCCAACGAGGCAAAUGAUAGUGAUGAACGCAUAAGCGUUGGAAUGGCUAACGCUGCAAACGACGAAAUCACGGCAGAAUUAAGAUAAAGAAUGGUGAAAUUGGCAACUCCUAGGACAGCACAUAAUGUAGUACCAAACGAUUGAAGGGCAAACAUGUUAACUAAUAUAUGGCCAAAGCUUUGAUGAGAAAAUGCUGAGCCCAACAUUGUCCACACUGAUUGAAGGUUGUCUUUAAACAUGAUUCCGUAUUGCAUGGUGUAUCUUUGGAGCAGAGGAACCUUCCACAUUAAGAAAACUACAGCAUUCAAUGCCACAAUAGACCAGACAAGAGCCCUAGGAUUUCUUUUGAAGUACUUCAUAGGUGUGUAGUCAAAUAAGUAGGGAGUAACUACAGUGGUUGCCACUGAAAAUGCGACUGUGAAUAUGAAAGGUUUCUUCAAUCUAUCCCAAUUUGACCUAUUAUGGUAUUUAUUGUAGUUAUUCCAUGUAGUGCUUCUUCUGAUUCCAUUACCGUUGACUUGCAGUAUGAUUGUCUUCUUAAAGUAGGUGAAUUGACGGUUGAAGUUUGGUCCAAACGCUGACUUUAGUAUUGGUACUCUUGGGGUUAUAGUUUUUUGCAAACCUUUUGCAUAUCUAGCUGACAGUAAGUUAGCAUUGCUAAAGAAGAGAUUGGUUCGUAAACCGGUACUGAAUUGCCUUGUGAACGGAGACAACAUAAGUUCGUGGUGUACUUACAGUAAGAGAGU